CUCUUUGGGGACACUUGAAACCUGGCGCAGAGCCUCCACAAGAAUGUGCAGUUUUCAGAGGGGCGGAGACAAGCCGUGUCUCGCAUCCAUGGCGAGAGCAGGCAGCCUCACAGUUGGUCGCUGUAGAGAGCAGCCCUCAUUGACUUUACAAUAGGGAACACAGGCGCCCUCUCUCCGCUCUUCUGGACCACAAUGGCUUCAUGUUUUUCGGUCACACGCAGCUCGGUGGGCGUUUGUUUUUCCGUGCCGCUGAACUAACGAGAACCGCUCACCGUUGCAAAGUGACACACGGGGGGGGGGGGGGGACUCGAACAAGUGACCCGCCUAACAUAGUUGGAAGUGGGAGAGACGCUGGAGGAGACACCGCAGGGUGGCAUUAACACGGAUACUAACCGGAUUUUCCCUGCGCCCGACGUCUAAAGGGGGGCAACCGCCGCGGCUGUUUCCCCGCGGGGCGGCGAUGAAAAGUAGACAGUCCGGUUUGUUUCCUCCAUCCGCUUCCAGGCUGCAUGGAACAAAGUGUGCUCUCUGUCACAUAACCUGCAUCCAGGCGGUUCGUGAGCGCGGAGCCGUGUAAGGCUGUGUAUGUCGUAACAGUUCUUGUCGGGAGUCCAGCUUCACCCUUAAACCAUCAUGAGGUCCAGCGAGGAGCCGGAGGGCUUUGACGGCGAGGCCUCCAACACGUCCAUGAUCUCCGGGGCCAGCAGCCCGUAUCAGACCACCACCGAGCCCGUCCACUCGCGGAACGUGUUCGGGGGGAUACGGUGCGACAUGGAGUACCUCAAGUCACACUUUGGGAUCUUGAAGGUGGUGGAAGUGGUCCUGUCACUCAUCGCGUUCAUCUGCAUAGAGACGAUCAUGAUGUGUUCUCCUUGUGGCGGAGUCUACUUCUUCGAGUUUGUCAGCUGCAGUGCCUUCGUGGUGACGGGAGUCCUCCUCCUGAUCUUCACCCUCAACCUGCACACCAAGGUCCCCCAUGUCAACUGGAGCCUCACGGACCUGAUCAACACGGCUGCCAGCACCUUCUUUUUUGUCUUGUCAUCUCUGGUGUUGGCCUGCAUGAACCACAACACUGGAGCUGAAAUAGCAGCAGUGAUCUUUGGCUUCCUGGUGACAGCCGUUUACGGAGUAAACACCUUCCUGGCCGUUCGGAAAUGGCGCCUAGGCUCUCAGCGGGCAACGCAGAGCAACGACUACAUGAGAGCGCGCACCGCGUCGCGCGGAGAAAUGGAGGCACGGUCGGAUCUGGCAUGAGCGCGAGCACGCAGAAAGACUUCAGAGAAAGCAGAGACUCCGCUCCCUUCAGAGCAGUAACUGCCGUCGCAGGCUCCCCACGCGCUUUUGACUUCUCAUCCCUCCGCUCCAGCUGUGCUGUCUGCUCAGUCACUGACUAAAUCUUUCAUUUCAUAGCCACUGAUGAGCUCUGUGACUGUUAACCCAGCAUCCAGGCUGAAUUUCUCUUAAAAGAAUCCACACACCUUUGUAAAGAAGUGAAGGAUGACUUCCACAAAGAGCCAGCAGAGGUUGACUUUACCCUACAUGCUCCGACGAGGGUGUCGAUGUUUGGUGUUUCACUGUGAAUGCAGCAGAGUAGAAGAGGAUCGGCUUUCGUACAGUUUGCUUCUAUCACGCUGCUCUUUAUAUACCCUGUGGUCACGAAUGUGAUUAUAGAACCGGGACGAAACUGGGUCGGAAACAAACCGGCAGGAAAAUGGACACACCUUUAUCUUUCUGCUUCUAUCUUGUGACCAAGGCUGAAAUUUUAGUCCAAUUAUACACAUGCCUUUAACGUGACCUCUCGUGCCCUAUAAGAAACGACGAGGUGUGUUUGUAUGCGGUAACGACGUCUUAUCGACACCAAGUCUGCAGCCUAAUGCAACCAAACAAACAGGAAACAGAGAUUUGUAAACUGUUCGCUCGCCACACCAAACUCCAUAGAGAAAACCAGCGAUUUUACACCACAGUACUCGGGGGUUAAUAAUCCACUGCUGCCUCCUUCAGUGAGUUAGAAUAUGUUAUGUUGUGACUUCGGUGUUUGAAAUCCUUUAUUCCAAAUGACCUAAGUGACACAAACUGACCAAAUAAGGCAGCAGUAGACCAACAGCUCCUGUGUCAACACAAGCUUAAAAUGCUGAUUUUCUCUAUGGACUUUGGUGCAGGAGAGUGAGUGGUUUGCAAACUCAGUUUCCUACUGGAAAAGGCUAUUCAAUGGAUAAGAUAUUGCAGAUUUAAGUGUUAAGUGUUAGUAAUUUGUCAAAUAUCAUAUACAGCCACACUUGGAAAAAAAACCUUAACUGUCCCUUUAAGAUCAGUAACAGUACAGGGUCAAUGACCGCUAUAAAUACAGGAAGUACAACACAACUUGAUAAAAUGUGUUUUAAUGAGACCAAAGCUUCUUUUUUUUUAAUUAUUAAUUACUCCAUUAAUUUUAUAACAGCUUGUGUGUGACCAAUCAAAAAAAACAACAAAAUGUCCACUAGCCUUUGAAAAUACUACAUUUUGACAUUUGUGUUAAGUCAACACUGUGAACCCGGAGGAGGUUAUAUAAUGAGGUGACUGGUUGUCAUGUUACUUGUAGGUAAAUGAGAUUGACAACAUGACACAUUUAAAACAUGCUUUUCAUUUGCAGUCUUUGUUAUGUGUGGGUUUUUUUAUUUCGGUUUUUUUGUUGUUGAAUCAUAUCUGAUAAUCCUGUUUUCCUUCUGAUAUCUGACCCCAGUGAUUUUUCACUCAUAUCGGACCGAUACUAAAUCCGAGUAUCAUAUCAGACAUCCGUAGUAUUGAUACACUCCUUCUCUCCUUGAUUACUUUUUUAAAAAAAUGAUGUAAAUGAACUCACAGGGUGCCUCUGUAUAUGCCUUCUCAAUCUCUGAUGAUCAAUGAUAAAGAAUGAUGCUUUAAAUUGAAUUUAAUUUGAAAAGAAAGUGAAGUCAGACACAGUGGGAUUGAAGUAAUGGACCAUUUAGCAACAUUUAACUCUAUUUAACUCUGUACUUGGUUCAAUUAAAUAUCUGUGUGUGUGUGUUAGUGAGUGUUAUCACACAUUUCAUGUAUUAUACACUCUGUCGUUCCACUUUGCAGGUGUUGUGAAGUGAAGUGAACAGAAAAUAGAAGAAAAAGGGGCAGUGUGUAAACAUUUUAGCGACAUUUACUGGCCUAAAUUGCACGUUGCAGCUGAUUAUCCCUCACCUCAUCCUCGUGUGUUGUAGAACUGGAGCUGCAACUUGCAGGUUUGGUCCAUAUAACGUCAGGAAAAACGUUAAAAAACGUUGAUGAGUGCGUGUCAAUCCUGAAAAUGAAGAUGCUCUCAAAUGUCUUGUUUUGGCCACAAAACAAAAGGGUUCAGUUUUAAGAAAAUAUUCACAUUUAAGAAGCUGAAACAAUCAGAAAUCUUGUUUUAAUAAUGAAAAAAGCUUCAAAGCGAUUCAUCGAUUAUCAAAAUAAUAAUAAUAAUAACUCUCACACCUACGGUCAAUUUAGAGUCCAAUUUAUCAUGCAUACGGUGGUACUAUUUAAUGAAAAUGAUUUUACCUACAUUUUACACACUGCACCUUUAAAAUAAAAAUCCCACAUUCCAGUUGUUUUUUUUAUGAUGAAGGACUAAAUGUGUAAUGAAAUGUUAUUGUCUUUACAUUGUGCCGAUGUGAUGAAUCGACACAUUUUUUGUUGUUGUUUUGCUUUGUUUUGUUUUUAUUGAGCAGGUUCCAAAUCGACUCGAUGGCUCCACCUCCUGGUUUUUAUCUGAAAUGCAAUUCUGUGUAGGUGACUGUGCUGAAAUGACACGAUGACAUAAACAGCUUUUCUUGCAACAGAUAUAUCUAUAUAUAGAUAUAGAUAUAUAUAGCGUUCCAGUGCUAUAGUGACUGAAAAGACAAUCACAUGUGUAUAUUUAUACCCACCACUUGGAUGAGCUUGUUUUUGAGUGAUGCUAUAACAAUCGUUACACACGUGUACCGUGAGAAUAUAACCUUACCUUUAACGGUUUGUUUUUUCCAGCAGCUUUUAUGCUUUUUAAGCUUUUUUCUCCACGUGCAACAGAACAUUAUUGAAAAAAAAAAAAGUGUAUUUAUGAGAGAGAAAGAACGGAGCGGUUUGUGAUCCGGGAAAGUGUAGACUGUGUGAGUGAAAUUAGAGAUGAGUGGUGUUCUUCUUCUUCUUCUUCUUCUUGUCGUUCCUUUGAAUCAUGGUGUGCUGUCGUUGUAAAUGAUUUCGACAAUGAUGUGUGCUACAGCACGGAGUGGUCAGUACUCGGUUGAUUUUUGUAUUUAAAAAAAAACCUUCUCACUCGGCUUCACGUUGGUUUAUAUUGAAAAUCUGAAUAAAGUGAUUUGGAAAUGA